UGUGUGGCUGUGUGUGUGUGUGAGACAGGCAGGUCCGUUUUGCAGAGCUCAACACUAUUGGACCGCUGUGAGUGUUUCAGUCCCGCUCUUUGUGCCGCACCCUGCUGUCCUCUGCGCGUAAACGCUCCUCCAUACAUCAUCACAGCGCGUUUCUAGGAGGAGGAGGAGGAGGAGGUGCAGCGGUUCACCUCGCGGACAGGUUGGACUCAGAGAUGGGAGAACAUCGGCGGCUCCUCUGGCUCUGACACGGACACUCCAGCCGGGAAAGGAUGGCUCUCAUCAACCGGGAAAUGUUGUGCUUGAUCGGCGCCGCCUGCCUGUGGCUGCCGCUGCUGGCGGAGGUGGUGGCUGAGGACAGCUAUUUAAAUGAGGUGCAGAACUCAGUGCCUCUGUCCUGCUCUGAGGGGUUCACAGAGUUGGGGUACUACAACGGCACUGUGUCCCAGACGGACUCGGGCGCGCCCUGUCUGAAGUGGACCGAGUUUCCAGAUUAUGUCAUGCAGUACCCGGGUCGGGGGCUUGGGGACCACAGCUACUGCAGGAACCCGGACCGGGAGUCCAACCCGUGGUGCUUCUUCCGACAGAGCUCAGGAGCCAUCGGCUGGGCGUACUGCGACUGUCACCAGGGUGCGGCCCGUCUCGUUGGCAGCUCAACCUCUGGUAGUGGGCGUGUUGAGAUUUACCUGAAUGGCCAGUGGGGGGCGGUGUGUAACUCUCACUGGACAGACAGGGAUGCCAGUGUGAUCUGCAGACAGCUGGGUUUGGGGGACAUCGGAACAGCUUUGCAGCAUUCCCAGUUUGGCUCCGGCUCCGGCCUCUUCCACUUUGAGCGUUUGGGUUGCCGUGGAGACGAAGGCACCUUGAUGAAGUGUCAGAGUAGGACGUUUGUCACCGGUGACUGCAGCCACGGCAAUGAGGCGGCGCUGGUGUGUGCACCGCCAGAGGGUAGUGGCCCACCUCUGCGAUUAGUCGGAGGUGAGGAAGACUUUGAAGGUCGCGUUGAGGUGUUUCAUGCGGGACGCUGGGGCACCGUGUGUGACGACCAGUGGGACGACAGAGAUGCUGAGGUGGUGUGCAGACAGCUCGGAUUCGGCGGUAUAGCGAAGGCGUGGUCGUGGGCUCACUUCGGUCAGGGUUCGGGACCGAUCCUGCUGGACGCCAUGAAGUGCACCGGAAACGAGCUCUUCCUGGAUCAGUGUUCCCAUGGCGACUGGGAGGAGCACAACUGUGACCACAUGGAGGACGCCGGGGUCUCCUGCAGCCCUUACACCGAUGGUGUGGUGCGUCUGGUUGGAGGAGAUAGUCCCUGGGAGGGUCGAGUUGAGGUGUUCCACAACGGCGACUGGGGGACGGUGUGUGACGACCACUGGUCCCAGCAGCAUGCAGAGGUGGUCUGCAGACAGCUGGGCUACAGGGGUCACGCCGAGGUCGUUGCAGACGGCUUAUUUGGGAAAGGCGCCGGGCUGAUUCUUCUGGACGACGUCCACUGCGAAGGAUCAGAGACGUCCCUGCUGGACUGUCGACACGGGAUCUGGGGACGGACCGACUGCUCCCACAGCGAAGACGUCGGGGUUCGCUGCAGAGGAAGGUCCAGCCUGGAGACCAACGAGGUGCCGGUCAUUUCCCCCUCUACAGGGCCCCUGGUGCGGCUGGUGGGCGGCAGCAGCAGGAAGGAAGGUCGAGUGGAGGUUUAUCUCCAUGGAGACUGGGGGAGUAUCUGCGACUCGGGCUGGAACGACCUGAACGCGGCGGUGGUGUGCAGACAACUCGGACACAGUGGCAGAGCAGCAGCAGCCGGGGGCUUCGGUCAAGGGAAAGGACCCAUCCACCUGGACCAGGUGAGGUGCACGGGGAAGGAGGAGUUCCUGGGAGAGUGCCCCUCUCUGGGGCAGAACAUCCAGGGCUGCAGACGGAGGGAAGAUGCAGGGGUGAAGUGUGACGCUGCUCCCCGUGAGCCGGCGGUGAAGGCCAAACCUGAGGAGCAGAGCUGUGGGUUAAGGAAGCUGGUGGAGGUGGAGGCUAAAGGGAAGAACCAUGAGGAGGAAAGCACGCUCAGGACGACGUGGCCGUGGCAGGUGUCGGUGUGGCUCCAGUCUCAGAAGGAGGGCGAGGGGCCCCUCUGCAGCGGCACGCUGGUCAGCCCCUGCUGGGCGCUGACGUCUGCGUUCUGCCUCAGCAGGUUCGGCAGCGACCCCACCAUCUACGUGGUGAGAGUCGGGGCGUCGGAGCAAACGCUGACGCCCGAGCGGCUGGUGCUGCACAGGAAGUUCAAGGGACAGAGCGGAGGUCACGAUCUGGCUUUGCUGAAGCUGCCCAGCACCAAGGGUCACUGUCUGACCUUUGAACCCAACACCAAUGCAGCCUGUCUCCCCGGGGCUGAUGGAGCAGAAGAAGGGAACUUACCUGCUUCCUGCGUUGUCAUGGUUACUACUGGAUGGGGAGGACCAGACUCUUUAAUUGCUUCCUGGGUUCCUCUGAUGUCGCCAUGGCAAUGCAAGAAGCGCUUCGGAAACAGCUUCUCCAGCCACGGCACACUUUGUGCAGCCAGCCCUCCGGACACCAGCCUCCUGCGCGGCGACGGUUGCCAGGGCAACUCCGGAGGCGGGCUGGUGUGUCAGGACGAGUCGGGACGAUGGGUUCUGACCGGGGUCGUCUCUGGAGGUUACGGCUGCGCUGACCCGUCCUCUCCCGCGCUGUACACGCGGGUCAGCCGCUUCAGGAGCUGGAUGGACGAGGUCAUCAACCCCGAGGAGAGGCGCCCCCACAGACAGAGCGGCCACACCAGCAACGACGAGGAGCAGCACGCCCACGGCAAACACUCCCAAAUCAGCGGAGUCAAAGAGAAACACACGUUUGCGAAAAACAUGCACAUGCAGUACACAAAAGAUGCAAACAAGCAUGAUGUGGUGUGACUCACUGAUUGGUUUGAUCGAUUCAUUCAUUGGCUGCCAAGUGUGCCACCUGAGGAGAGAGGAUGCUAAGAAAAAAAAGCCUCAAUUAAAGCUUAGCUGUUGUGUUAACGUCCAGCAGUGUGGAGGACAUGAAGAAAACUGCUGCAACUUUAGUGUAUAGGAGAUGUAUUCAUUCAAUCAGGACUCAAACUGAAAAAACAAACCCAAAUACAGCCCAGAUUCAGCUUAAAUCUUCAAGAUCAAACAAUAAUUAAAGUUUGUAGUUUGGGGGAACUUUAAAAACCUUUUAUUUAAAUGACCGUCCGCCAGAAAGUGUUUCAUGAAUUUUGUAUAUUGUUCUUCUUCAUCUCUUCAGGCAGACGUCUCAAACGUGAUCUCUAAGUGCUGUAGUUGACAGAGGAACCACAAGUGAGCUGCUUCAGCAAACUCCGUCACGGUGCACUUCUAAGAUUCAGAGACAACUAAAAAAUCAGGAGAAAAUUCGAUUUCUUGGGUUAAAUCAUUAAAAAUUAAAAAUCCGCGCAAGUGAAGGUGUCGUGCAGUGAUGGAGGAGCGUGCUGAAGCAGUGGCGUGGUCCCGCCAGCACAAACCUCUGCUCUCAAAGCCAUCGGAAGCUCUUUUUUUGUACCGCUUUAGAUAGACGCAUAGCUAGCUGCUGACUCCUUUAGAUAGUGUGUGUUCAAAUAUUAGCCAGUUGUGUGUCCUCUCUUUUAGUCUUGGGCGCGGGGAUCCAUCCAGAAGGUGGCGACCUUGCUCCAUUUCCACAGGGAGGUGACCCAGUUCUUUUGAUACUGAUGCUGUGAGUGUGUAGAUCUGUCCUGUGACCUGUGACCUGUAAGCUCCUCCUGCCUGUCGUUCCCAGCCCCGCCCUCCAGACGUCACGCUGUCCCGUGUAAACCCUGUAAAUAAAGGAGGACUGAUGGUGCGGAGGCCUUCAAGUGUAUUGUGCUGAGUCAUGAUUAAAGCAUUUACAACUCUC